GGGCUGGGGGUCGGUGAUCGGAGAUCUGGCGGGCCCCGGCAAGCUGGGACAGCUGGCUGCUGGGAAGGUGACCAGGGGGCGGGGCGCAGGCCGUGGUCACACUCUAGUUGGGGCCGUCACGCCUUCGCUCGUCCUGGUGCGCACACGCUGCGCAGGCACGGUGCUGCUCCUUCCCGUCACGCACCCGCGCGCGCCCCGCACCGGACGCCGCUCCUCGAGUACCGUGGGGCACGUUCCCCCACACGCAGGCCCUGUAGCGGGCGGGAACAGGCGGCCGCGCGCGAGCACUGGCCUGGGAGUGCGCCUGAGUCUUUUCCUUUUCUACUAAACAUCUGGGGAAACUGAGGCAGAAAGCGGGAACAGAUGAGGCUUAUUUGACUUUCCAGCCCACUCCUCGGCCCCCUUGUGUUGCUACUUUUCAAUUCUCCAGCUCCCUCUGGGCACACCCAUGUACCCCGCCUUCCUCCCUCUCUCCUUCGCUGGGCCUCACCCCUCCUCCGUGGCGGCCGGGCUCCCAGACUCUCAUCCAACCACAGCUAUUUCCAGGAAGGGGGAGUGUGGGUGGAGGGGUUUCUCCAAACAAACCCAAGGCUUCGGAGUGUGAGGGGGCCAGCCUGGGGGAGAGGUUGACAGGCUCUGGAAUGUUCUAGGCAGGAGGGCGAGGGUCCUUGGGGGUCUGGCCAUGCCUUCCCAGCCCUGCCCCAGUGAGCUCCUUUUCCUCUCAGCACCGGCUGAGGGAGCAGCACGCUUAUCUCCAUCUUCCCUCAGAGGUGUCCCAAAGGGUGGGAAGGGUCUCAAAGCCAUGCUUCCCUGGCCACCCAACACAGGGGUUAGUGAGCCUCCCAGGAGAAGAGUGAGGGUCAGAGGAUGAGGGCGACUGCUAAGUGAGGGGACUUUCAGCUCCUCUGGAGGCAGCAGGAGUAGAAAGAAGCAUGCUGGAGGGGUCCAGGUCAGGGUAUGCGCAAUAGGAAUAGAGAAAGGCCACCCAACCUACCACAGUGCCCCUCCUCCCCCCAGCAGGGCUGGGGACUGGACACCAGGCCCAGUUGCCCACACUGGCCAGGGGCCUGGAAUGUCCUGGGACCCAGCCAGAGCUGGUGGGUUGGGAGUGGGUUGCAGAGCCAGUGCCCCUCUCCAGUUACAGGCUAGGGGCCCAGGCUUUUUCACACAGAUGCCUCCCUCUGGCCAAGGUACCCUGGGGACAGACUUCCUGACCUGCUAGGAGAAUUAGAGCGUCAAGGGAGAAGCCCAGGCAGUUCCAGGGAAGGGUCCUGAGUGAGCUCCCAAAAGGUGGCUCAUCCCAGAGGAGGCAGGGCAGGAGGGAGGGAGAGGGAAGUCUAAGGACCUGGUGGGAGAUGCCAGAGCUGGGGGAGUUGCCUGAGCUCUGGGACAUUCAGUAAAUACCAUGCAAAUGAGGGGGGCAUAUUUGCACAUUCUUUCAAGUGACAGCUCUUGCUGCUCCAAGGGGCUGCUGUCCAAGGCUUGGGGCUGAGGACCCUCAGGCCAUUAACCCCUUACAUUUUCGGAAGAUUACUACCCCCCUUUCCAAGGCCCCAAUCCACCUCCUCCUUCCCUUGACUUGCGGGACAGGAAGUUGGCCAUGUUCCCAGGAGGGAGGCAGGAGGCCCAUGGAGUGGGGAGGAGUAUAUGUUGGGAGGGGGGGGCUCCUGUCCAGUCCUCAGGUCCUGGGACAGCUGCUGAGGAAGGAGAGCAGAGCCAGGAAAGCCAUGAAGCCUAGGAAAGCUGAGCCGCACAGCUUCCGGGAGAAGGUUUUCCGGAAGAAACCACCAGUCUGUGCAGUGUGUAAGGUGACCAUCGAUGGGACAGGCGUCUCUUGCAGAGUCUGCAAGGUGGCCACGCACAGAAAAUGUGAAGCAAAGGUAACUUCAUCCUGCCAGGCCUUGCCUCCCGCAGAGCUGCGGAGAAACACGGCCCCGGUGAGGCGCAUAGAGCACCUGGGAUCCACCAAGUCUCUGAACCACUCAAAGCAGCGCAGCACUCUGCCCAGGAGCUUCAGUUUGGACCCGCUCAUGGAGCGUCGCUGGGACCUGGACCUCACCUACGUGACUGAGCGGAUCCUGGCCGCCGCCUUCCCUGCGCGGCCCGACGAGCAGCGACACCGGGGCCACCUGCGCGAGCUGGCUCACGUGCUUCAAUCCAAGCACCGCGACAAAUACCUGCUCUUCAACCUUUCAGAGAAAAGACAUGACCUGACCCGCCUAAACCCCAAGGUCCAGGACUUUGGCUGGCCUGAACUGCACGCGCCCCCCCUGGACAAGCUGUGCUCCAUCUGCAAAGCCAUGGAGACCUGGCUCAGUGCUGACCCACAGCACGUGGUCGUACUGUACUGCAAGGGGAGCAAGAGUAAGCUCGGGGUCAUUGUCUCUGCCUACAUGCACUACAGCAAGAUCUCUGCGGGGGCAGACCAGGCACUGGCCACUCUUACCAUGCGGAAGUUCUGCGAGGACAAGGUGGCCACAGAGCUGCAGCCCUCCCAGCGCCGAUAUAUCAGCUACUUCAGUGGUCUGCUGUCUGGCUCCAUCAGAAUGAACAGCAGCCCUCUCUUCCUACACUAUGUGCUCGUGCCCAUGCUGCCAGCCUUUGAACCUGGCACAGGCUUCCAGCCCUUCCUUAAGAUCUAUCAGUCCAUGCAGCUCGUCUACACAUCUGGAAUCUAUCACAUUGCAGGCCCAGGUCCCCAGCAACUUUGCAUCAGCCUGGAGCCAGCCCUCCUUCUCAAAGGCGAUGUCAUGGUGACAUGCUAUCACAAGGGUGGCCGGGGGACAGACCGGACCCUUGUAUUCCGAGUCCAGUUCCACACGUGCACCAUCCACGGAUCACGGCUCACCUUUCCCAAAGACCAGCUGGAUGAAGCCUGGACUGAUGAGAGGUUCCCUUUCCAAGCCUCGGUCGAAUUCAUCUUCUCCUCCAGCCCCGAGAAGAUCAAAGGAAACACCCCACGGAACGACCCCUCGGUCACUGUUGACUACAACACCGCAGAGCCUGCUGUGCGCUGGGACUCCUACGAGAACUUCAACCAGCACCAUGAGGACAGUGUGGACGGCUCCCUGACCCACACCCGUGGCCCCGUAGAUGGCAGUCCUUAUGCCCAGGUGCAGCGGACCCCUCGCCAGACCCCACCAGCACCCUCUCCAGAGCCGCCCCCACCCCCGCUGCUGUCCAUCAGCAGCGACUCGGGCCAUUCAUCCACGCUGACCACGGAGCCAGCUGCAGAGUCCCCUGGCCGGCCACCCCCAACGGCUGCUGAGCGACAGGAGCUAGAUCGCCUCCUGGGAGGCUGUGGAGUGGCCAGCGGGGGCCGGGGGGCUGGGCGUGAGACAGCCAUCCUGGAUGACGAAGAGCAGCCCCCUGUGGGAGGAAGCGCCCAUCUCGGAACAUAUUCGGGCCACAAACCUGCCCUCAGCCGCCACUGCUCCUGCCGCCAGGGCUACCGGGAACCCUUUGGGGUUCCCAAUGGGGGAUACUACCGGCCAGAGGGAACCCUGGAGAGGCGGCGGCUGGCCUACGGGGGCUACGAGGGGCCUGCCCAGGUCUAUGCCGAGGCCUCAGUGGAGAAGAGGCGCCUCUGCCGAUCGCUGUCCGAGGGGCCAUACCCUUAUUCCCCUGAGCCAGGGAAACCGGCCAGUGGGGACUUUGGCUACCGCUCCCCAGGCUACCGGGAGGUGGUGAUUCUGGAGGACCCUGGGCUGCCUGCCCUAUGCUCCUGCCCUGCCUGUGAGGAGAAGCUGGCGCUGCCCACAACAGCCCUGUAUGGGCUUCGACUGGAGAGAGAGGCUGGAGAGGGGUGGGCAAGCGAGGCCAGCAAGUCUCUCCUGCACCCAGUGCGGCCCGGGCACCCGUUGCCCCUGCUGCUGCCUGCCUGCGGGCAUCACCAUGCCCCAAUGCCUGACUACAGCUGCCUGAAGCCACCCAAGGCAGAGGAAGGGCAUGAGGGCUGCUCCUACGCCAUGUGCCCUGAAAGCAGGUAUGGGCAUCCAGGCUACCCUGCCCUGGUGACAUACGGCUAUGGAGGAGCAGUUCCCAGUUACUGCCCAGCAUAUGGCCGGGUGCCUCACAGCUGCGGGUCUCCAGGCGAGGGCAGAGGAUAUCCCAGCCCCGGUGCCCACUCCCCACGGGCUGGCUCCAUUUCCCCGGGCAGCCCGCCCUACCCAUCAUCCAGAAAGCUGAGCUACGAGAUCCCUGCAGAGGAGGGAGGGGACAGGUAUCGGCUGCCUGGGCACCUGGCUCCAGCAGGACCCUUGACAUCUGCAGAGUCACCUGAGCCAGUGUCCUGGAGGGAGGGCCCCAGUGGGCACAGUACUCUGCCUCGGUCUCCCCGAGAUGCCCAGUGCAGUGCCUCCUCAGAGUUGUCUGGUCCCUCCACACCCCUGCACACCAGCAGCCCAGUCCAGGUCAAGGAAAGUACCCGACAGCAGGACACAAGGUCCUCCGCCUUGGUGCCCACUCAGAGACUGAGUCCUGGCGAAGCCUUGUCACCUGUAUCCCAGGGAGGCGCUGAAAAGCCUCCUGAGCUGCCAUCAAGAAGUGGGCUUGAGCCUCCAGCCUCCAGCCCCUUCUCCCCAACCUCCCCGCCCAGUUCACCCAACGACUGGCCUCAGGAGAGGAGCCCAGGGAGCCGCACAGACAGUGCCAGUCCAAGGGGCCCUGUGCCCACCACGCUGCCUGGCCUCCGCCAUGCCCCUUGGCAGGGCCUUCGAGACCCCCCAGAUAGCCCGGAUGGGUCCCCCCUUACCCCUGUGCCUUCCCAGAUGCCCUGGCUUGUGGCCAGCCCGGAGCCGCCUCAGAGCUCACCCACUCCUGCCUUCCCCCUGGCGGCAUCCUAUGACAUCAGCGGCCCCACCCAGCCCCCACUUCCUGAGAAACGCCACCUGCCAGGACCUGGGCAACAGCCAGGCCACUGGGGUCCAGAGCAGGCAUCACCACCAGCCAGAGGCACCAGUCACCAUGUCACCUUUGCACCUCAGCUCCUGGAUAACACCCCCCAGCCCUCAGAGCCCCCCAUGCAAGAGAGCCAGAGCAACGUCAAGUUUGUCCAGGAUACGUCCAAGUUCUGGUAUAAGCCACACCUGUCCCGUGACCAAGCCAUUGCCCUGCUGAAGGACAAGGAACCUGGGGCCUUCCUGAUCAGGGACAGUCAUUCAUUCCAAGGAGCCUAUGGGCUGGCCCUCAAGGUGGCUACGCCCCCACCCAGUGCCCAGCCCUGGAAAGGGGACCCCUUGGAACAGCUGGUUCGCCAUUUUCUCAUUGAGACUGGGCCCAAAGGCGUGAAAAUCAAGGGCUGUCCCAGUGAGCCCUACUUUGGCAGCCUCUCGGCCCUGGUCUCCCAGCACUCCAUUUCCCCCCUGUCCCUGCCCUGCUGCCUGCGCAUUCCAAACAAAGAUCCUCUUGAGGAGACCCCGGAGGCCCCAGUGCCCGCCAACAUGAGCACAGCAGCAGACCUCCUGCGUCAGGGUGCCGCCUGCAGUGUGCUCUACCUGACCUCAGUAGAGACUGAGUCACUGACGGGCCCCCAGGCGGUGGCCCGGGCCAGCUCUGCAGCUCUAAGUUGCAGCCCCCGCCCAACACCAGCCAUUGUCCACUUCAAGGUCUCAGCCCAGGGUAUUACACUGACAGACAACCAAAGGAAGCUCUUCUUUCGCCGCCAUUAUCCAGUGAACAGCAUCACCUUCUCCAGCACUGACCCUCAGGACCGGAGAUGGACCAACCCUGAUGGGACCACCUCCAAGAUCUUUGGUUUCGUGGCCAAGAAGCCAGGAAGCCCCUGGGAGAACGUGUGUCACCUCUUUGCAGAGCUUGACCCAGAUCAGCCUGCAGGCGCCAUUGUUACCUUCAUAACCAAAGUUCUACUGGGCCAGAGAAAAUGAAGGAAGGCCACAAGCUCAGAGCCCACAUCAACACCGCACCCCUUCCAGCACCCCACAGCCCUCACUUCUCCUGGCCUAGACCCAGGAGACCCAGGAGCCAGGCCCCUCCCUUAGGAAUGGGGAGUGGACAUCAACCUGGGACACAGCUCUCCUUCCCCACUCCCUGCCUGCUAAGCUAAGUGGACGGGCCAUGAGAUGACCUUGCACGUGAGCAGAUGGCAGAGAUGCGUGUGUGAAGGGUGAGGAGGCAUCAGGAGUUAAGCUGUGGAGGGGAUCAGAACAGCCCCACCUGCAGAACAUCAGCCCUGGAGAGGAGCCAGCUCCACCCAGCUGCAGGUCCCAGCAUGGCAGGGAGAGGGGAAAGGUAUGGGGAGCAACGCACUCCCUCCUCUGCCUUCCCUUCUGAGCAGAGAGAGCAGAGUGGGAAUCAUAUGAAAAGGGGGGAAAAAGAGUCUAUUUUUGUCUAUAAUAAAGAAUUUCUAUAACGUUUA